CCUUCUCUACAGUAUAUGUCUCUCUACACUCACUGUCUCCUCCAGAGCAGCUGGAUUUCUCCUUCAUUUGCCUGGCCAUGGGGGGUUAGGGACUCACAGAGAGCAAUAGAGGCUGAAAAGCACAGAACAAGAGACAAAGAGCCAUGGGUGUAUGGUCUCAUCUCCUGUCAGCAGGGAUGCUGGGGCGCAGCCAGACAACCAGCCUGCACAAAGAGGAACCAUCCCAUCUCACCUACUGUUCCCUUCCCAUCUAAUCAGUAUGGAGAGGCUGGCAGCAGGAGAGAUGACAUUGACGAACCACAGUCCUUUCCCAUAGAGCCGGGCAGAACCGGGCAGAGGCAUGCUGGGGGAAGUCUAUUGAGUUAUGCUGCCACCCCCCUGCCUCUCAUCAGGCUGGACUGCUGGGAAAAUGGGCACGCAGAGGUUCAGGCGUCCUGUUUGUGCGGCUCGGCCCCCUGCCUCCUGUCAUCAUGCUGCCCUUCAACGUACAACUCCACCAUGAGCCGGCUGGCCUUCUCCUUCCUGCUGCUGCUCGGGACUAUGGUGUCCGUCAUUAUGAUCCUCCCGGGCAUGGAGGAACAUCUUAAAAAGAUUCCAGGUUUCUGUAUGGGCGGCACAACCAUACCUGGCGUGGAGAACAAGGUGAACUGUGACGUCAUCGUGGGCUACAAGUCUGUGUACCGCAUGUGUUUCGCCAUGACCUGCUUCUUCUUCCUCUUCUCCAUCAUCAUGAUUCGAGUGCGCAGCAGCAAGGACCCCCGAGCCGCCCUUCAAAAUGGUUUCUGGUUCAUCAAGUUUCUGAUGUUGGUCGGCAUAACUGUGGGAGCUUUCUUCAUUCCAGAUGGCAUCUUUAAUACAGUGUGGUAUUACUUCGGCGCGGUGGGUUCCUUCAUCUUCAUCAUCAUCCAGCUCAUCCUGCUGGUAGACUUUGCCCAUUCCUGGAACCAGUCCUGGCUGGAGAAGGCAGAGAAUGGAAAUCAAAAAUGCUGGUUUGCAGCUCUGCUGUCCGUCACCAUCCUAUACUAUGUCGCUGCAUUUGUCGCCGUCGUGCUCUUCUACGUGUAUUACACCAAACCUGAUGACUGCACAGAACACAAGGUCUUCAUCAGCCUCAACUUCAUAUUCUGCGUGAUUGUGUCCAUCGUGUCCAUUUUGCCUAAAGUUCAGGAAGCUCAGCCCAGCUCAGGCCUGCUCCAGGCCGCCGUCAUCUCCCUCUACACCAUGUACAUCACCUGGUCAGCCAUGAGCAACAACCCCAACCGGCAGUGUAACCCCAGUCUGUUGAGUCUGGUCCAGCCCAGCAGUCCAACUCCUCCACCAGGACCUGUUCAGGCUACACCAGCUCCAAGCGUCCAGUGGUGGGAUGCACAGGGCAUCGUGGGAUUGACCAUUUUCUUGUUCUGUACUCUUUAUGCCAGUAUCCGUUCCUCCAACAACGCCCAGGUGAACAAGCUGAUGCAGACGGAGGAGGGCCAGGGUCUGACCGCUGACUACGAGGCCGCGACGGGAGAAGACGGAGUCCGCCGGGCCGUGGACAACGAAGAAGACGGAGUCACCUACAGCUACUCCUUCUUCCACUUCAGCCUCUGUCUGGCCUCUCUCUACAUCAUGAUGACCCUCACUAACUGGUACAAGCCCAACACUGACUACCAGGCCAUGCAGACCACCAUGCCUGCCGUCUGGGUGAAGAUCGGCUCCAGCUGGCUCGGCUUGGCCAUCUUCCUCUGGACCCUGGUGGCCCCGCUGGUGCUCCCUGACAGAGACUUCAGCUAAAAACGGUGAAGUCUGAUAACAGGUGGUUGCUAGCCUUUUGCUAUUUGCAUCAUAAGGAAAGAGAGCUUUAGUAUAAAGUUGUUCUGCUUGAUUAUUCAGUCUUCUUACAGCUCCCCAUUUAAGGUUGCAAACCGAAAUGGUAAUAUGCUUUGUUUUAGAUUCCAGGUCACUGUUCACGUAACCUAAAUGUUCAUUCUUGUGGCUCAAGUUUAAAUGAGCAGUUCUGCAGAAGCAUGGGAAUGUAUGAGUUGAGAUUUAAUCCCACAUUCCAGUUUUUCAUCUCAGGUUAUUUGUUCAAUUUUGUCUUUUUACUUUAUUGUUACAAAAUAUUCAAAUUGAGAGCACUAUGCGCCUUUUAUAGGACGAGACCAAAUGAAACUGUAAAGAAUUGUUUUCUUUCACUACAUUUAUAUUGUGUUUAUAUUUUUAAAUCAAUCCAUUUAAACAGUUUGAUUUUAUGGUAAACUGAUGCCAAAAUAUCUGAGAAACCUUUUCUUAAACAUUUUUAUUGCACAGCAUCGUUCUAGAACCCAGUUUAAGUGCCUUCUUAUAUUUUGCACACAAAAUCUAUUCAGAGGGACCAUUUUUAUAUCUUUAAGCGUUUAUAUGACAUUCAGAUUUCGUUGUUAAGUUGCUUCCUCAAUAUAUGCACACUUUUCAUUGUAAUCAAUAAAGGUUAAAAAAAGAAAA